GGAUUUCAAGUAAUGACAAAUGUCAUUGAUGGAUUUGGGGGAUUCUCAUGUAGUUUCAUUGAACGAUUGCGUGAAGAAUAUCCAAAGACACCUGUUAUUAGUUUUGGCAUCACCGAUGGUCAGGAAUGGUCACCAAUAGGACAUAAGAAAUAUUUUAAGCAGAUUAUGAAUUCCUCUCUCAGCACCAUAUUUCUGUCAGAAUUAUCGUCUUUGUUCAUUCCUUUGAACGUUCACACAAAUCUUCUGAGAAGCAGCUCAAUCAAAUAUAUUCAGCCGACUAUAAAUUUGCCAUAUCAUUCGAGUUGUAUUUUAUCCGCUGCAAUUGAAACUUCCACAUUUCCUUUUAGAUCACGUCGUAAUACUUUACAUAUGCAUGAUUUGGUUACUCGACUCAACUGGCGCGGAAAUACAAAAAUAGGAACGCUUGGCUUCGCACUUCCAUUACCAAUGAGCGUAUAUGGUGACGUGGAUGUCCAAACGCUAUUGCCAAAUGAUGAUCGUAGUGUUAUAAAUGAUCUUUCAUUCCCCCUAGAGCCCCGUCUACCAACAAUUUAUGGACAGUCUGUGGUAGUAAGAGGGAUUCCUGAUGAAUUUCGCACAGUCUCAAAGGUCGAACAGAAAAAAUCGUCUGAUGUUAUUUCUGAUAUAUUUGGACGUUUCCAGUCUUUGGGGAGUUAUA